AACGUCACCCACUGGUCCACCACCACCUCACCCAUGGCCGGCAGUCUAGAGAGAGAGAACCCAUUCCCCACCCACCUAUACACACACACAUAUAUCCCCGUUGACGAUAAACCCAAAAAACGACAUUGAACUUGAACACAGCAAUGAAUCCCAACUCUCUUCGAACUAGGGUUUUUCCAAUAAACCCAUUUCCUCUUCUCUCCAUCUUCUUCUUCUUCUCCCUCGCCAUCCCCACAUCCGCCUCAACCACAUACGACCAGUACUGCAACGAAGUCGUCCCGGCAUCGAACGCAACCGCCCCACUGUCCCAACCCGAUUCGCUCCUCCGCUUCGACACCGCCUAUUACACCGGCGGCGACCCGGUUCUGGGCCCCCAGGAUGCGGCCUCGUUUCGGGCCCGCUCCGCCGCCGAGACCCGAACAGCUGGCGUCUUCAGGAUUGAUGGGAUUUUGACAUUUUUGGGUCCGAGGUUUGCGAGUAUUAAUACGGUUAACUGGACCCGGAUGAUCAAUCCCCAUCUACCACGCGGAGUCUCGAGGAGUCGGGUCGGGUUUCGUUUGUCCGGGUAUUGGUCACAGGCUGAUGGGAAGCUCUGUAUGAUUGGUUCAGGUAUGCGUUCUUCUUUGGUUUUUGUUAAUGUCGGUUUGAAGCUUAAUUAUCCGAACUCGUCGAAUCUUGAGUCUAGUUUGGUUACUGGGACACUGGAAUGUUUGGAUGAUGAUUUGACGUGUUUUAGCAUGGUUUCGAUAAUGGGAUUUUCGUUGAGGAAUUAUGAGUAUAAACUGGUAGAUGGGGAAAAUGAGAAUGGACGGUUUGUGAUGUAUGAUGGAAUGGAGAAUGUUUCGCUUGGUUUCGGUACCGGCCCUGCUGUGUGUAAGGCGGUUAGGGGUGCGGGUAUAUUUGAAUUGGAAUAUAUGGAGGAUUGUGGGUCUGUUAAUUGUGAUCCUCUUGGUGGAGGUAGUGGUGGGAUUUUGCCUGGUUUUAUGUCUUUCAAUGAUAUCGAGUGCACGAUCGAGGGGAGAGUUCGGUAUUUGAUAGAUUUUGCGAAUACUAGCUAUAAUGGGUACCAUUUACCUUUUAAUCCGAGUACUGUGUUAGUUGCUGAGGGGGUGUGGAAUGGGAAGAAGAAACACCUUGACUUGGUUGCUUGCCGAAUAUUAAAUUUUAAAGACACAGUGGCUAAGGCUUCACUUGGGGAUUGUUCGAUUAGGUUGAGCUUAAGGUCACCGUCGACCAUGACAUUGAGAAGCAGGAGUACGGUUGUUGGCCAGAUGUGGAGCAAUAAAAGCAUGAAUGAUUCUGGUUACCUUGGUAGAAUUUCGUUUGAGAGCCCUAGAAAUGGAAAUACAAGGGUCGAGGGACUGAGAUAUGAGUAUACUGAGGUUGGAAAUUUAAGUAAAUCUUGCACAGGAAAGAUUAAUGGUAAACACAAAAACGUGACAUACCCAAAUGGGUAUUCCUCUGACAUGAGAUUUGACAUGACAGUCCGAAAUAGUAAAGGGCAAGUUGCAUGGGGUUAUUCUUCUCCACUAUCCGUGGGUGAUCGGUUUUAUGGCUAUGGAGUGCAAUCAACGUUUGCAGUUCCUGUGAGAGACAGCCAAAGUGGCAUGCUGAAUAUCAGCUAUGUUCUAAGCUUUAACCCUCGUUCUGAUUUCCAGCUGGGUGGUGAAAAGCGGUCAAUCAAGUAUGUUGAGAUUUCAGCUGAAGGGACAUACAAUGCUGAAACAGGAGUGCUUUGCAUGAAAGGCUGUCGCCACCUUGAAUCACGGAAUAGAACAUUUGCAAAAAAUGAAUCACUUGACUGUGAGAUGUUUAUCAAUAUCCAGUAUGCUCCUCUGGAUGCAAAGGACAGAAGCAAUGUCAAAGGAACCAUUGAGAGCAACCGCAAUAAGUCAGACCCUUUACACUUCGAGCGAAUUGAGUUGUUUGCAAAUUCAAUUUCCAUCCUCCAAGCUGACGAAUCAAUUUGGAGAAUGGAUCUAGAGAUCACCAUGGUCCUAAUUUCCAAUACGCUUGCGUGUAUAUUUCUGGUUUUACAGCUGUUUCACGUCAAAAAGAACCCAGAUGUGCUUCCCUUCAUUUCUGUUGUGAUGCUGACUGUUCUCACCCUUGCACAUAUGAUUCCUUUGGUACUUAACUUUGAAGCCUUGUUUGUGGCGAACCGCAAUCGGCAGAAUGUUUUCCUUGGGAGCGGUGGAUGGCUUGAAGUAAAUGAGGUAUUGGUAAGGGUCAUAACAAUGGUUGCUUUUCUUUUGCAGUUCCGUCUUCUCCAGCAGACGUGGUCCACAAGAGUUGGCGGCGCUGGAAGUUGGGAUAGACUUUGGGUUUCUGAUAAAAAGGUUAUGUACUUUUCUUUGCCUUUGUACGUUGGCGGGGGGUUGCUCGCUUGGUUUGUGCAUCUGUGGAAAAACUCUUACAAUAGGCGGUUGUUACGUUUACGCCAAUUUGGAGUCCAGCAGCUAUCUUUCUGGGGAGACUUCAAAUCUUUUGCUGGACUGGUCUUGGAUGGUUUUCUACUUCCCCAGAUUGUUUUCAAUGCAUUUUGCGAUUCCAAAGAGAGGGCUCUCGCUCCAGCCUUCUACAUUGGGACUACUGUUGUUCGGUUGCUCCCUCAUGCUUAUGAUCUUUAUAGAGCUGCUCAUGGUUCCACCUGGAAUUUUGGUGGUAUAUAUGCGAACCCUAGAAUGGAUUACUAUUCGACAGCCUGGGAUAUUACCAUAUCUUGUGGCGGUCUGAUGUUUAUCGCCCUCAUUUACUUGCAGCAGCGGUUUGGCGGUCGUUGCUUUCUUCCCAAGAGAUUUAGAGAGAGUGCUGUGUAUGAGAAAGUGCCUGUUGUUGCUAGUACUGAAUUAACAACCAGGGAAGUCAUCAGCUAAAAAAAUUGAGUUUUAAUUUUUUUUCCUUUAAAAUACUGCAACCACAUAAGGAAUUGUUGAGCUUAAACAGGAGGUGGGGCUGUUCAUUCCUCGUGAUUCUGUAUUUUGAAACUGUCAUUAGUUGUUUACUUCUGGUGGUAUAUUUUACUUAAUUGCUUCGUUCAAAAA